GCCAAGAUCUGCAACAACAUGCUCUUGGCCAUCAGUAUGAUUGGCACUGCUGAGGCUAUGAAUCUUGGAAUCAGAUUAGGCCUUGACCCAAAGCUGCUGGCCAAAAUCCUAAAUAUGAGCUCAGGUCGCUGUUGGUCAAGCGACACGUACAACCCUGUUCCUGGAGUGAUGGAAGGAGUACCAUCUGCUAAUAAUUAUCAAGGUGGCUUUGGAACGACACUCAUGGCUAAGGAUCUUGGCUUAGCCCAGAUUUCUGCCACCAAUACAAAGACACCGGUUCCUUUGGGAUCCCAGGCACAUCAGAUCUACAGGAUGAUGUGUGCCAAAGGCUAUGCCCUGAAAGACUUCUCAGCUGUGUUCCAGUUUUUACGUGAGGAGGAAAACUUGUGAGCUGACCUUUGGAAAUGGACACAAUAACAAACCACAUUUUUUUAUCCUUCUAGCUCAUUUGAGAGGUUUGUGAGUUUAAGCAAAUACUGUGCAUCCUGCUCCCAUACAGACUAAUCAUCCUUGGUUGUCUAGAUCACAAUGAACUCCAGAGUUUCUUCAUAAUCCUUGAAAAAGCAAGCCACAGGAAGAGAUUGUUUGGCAAUUAGCCAACAGCAAGUCCUUUUUCCUUUUUUUUUAAGAACCAUCAAAGCUUUUUUUUCACUAGAUGCAAUAAAGAAGUAUUUUUUUUAUGAAACACUAAACUAAAUAUAAAGUAACUUACAUUAUGGCUACAAACUUAGGUGAAUCAUGAAUAAUAAGAGAAUGUUUUAGUGCAAUUUUAUGAUAUAUAGUGAUCUAUUAAAAUGAAUACUUAUGGAAAAAGGGAAUAUUUGUUCAAUGAAGAAGCACAGCUUGAGUUGAAUUUUUUUUUCCUUGGACCUGCAAGCCUUGAGUUGAUCAGAAGUGAAUUUUUCCUGGGAUUCAGGUUGCAGAUUAAGUUUGUAGGCACACGUUCUAAGUGGAAAGCUGUUACAGCAUGUUUACCUGAUAGGCUUAGUUAAAAUAAUAUAGAAUGUGUGUCCCUCUUGUAAAGCUCUGUUAUUGUAUUUUGCUAACCCAAUUUUAUAUUUUCUUGUAUUCUGUCACACAUUUUCAGAACUCCAAAUCGCCACUUACAGAAGUUCUAACAAAGUAUACAUUUGUUUUAGUUAAUUCCUAAAGUAUUUUAAAUCUAAACCAACCCCAUUAUUUUGAAAAGAAAUAAAAUCUAUACCGGUAAAUA